AUGGGUAAAGUUGCUAUCCUAAUCAUCAUUGUAAAUGGCAUUAUCUUCGAGUUGUUGAAACUAAAGAAAAGUUUUACUAAUGAUUUUGAGAUCAAAGACUUUGGUCCAUUGAAGUAUUUCCUUGGUAUGGAGUUUGCUAUAUCAAAAGCAAGAUAUUUAUUAGUUAACAUAAGAGACUCUUGCAAAGAGAAUACUAUAUCAAGGACAUGGACAUUAACAGUUGGAAAUCUACACCGAUGUAGAUUGGCUGGGAGUACAACAGAGAAAAGAUCAACUUUAGGUUAUUGCACAUUUGUCGGUGAGAAUCUUGUCACAUAUCAUAGUGAAAAACAAAAUGUGGUGCUUAGACGUAGUGUAGAAGCUAAAUACAGAUCCGUUGCUCAAGGCCAUGUGGAUUAG